UUCACACAGGGCGGUGUUUAGUUUUUAACCAAAGCCGGAGUGUGGAAAGAUUGAGGGGAGCAAUGGGGUGGGAGUUUGCAAUUGUCCAUCUAGCUGGGCUUUAUUUAUUUAUUUAUUUUGGAUAAUCUAAAUAGACUUGUUUAUCGAUUCUGGAAAAAUUCUACAAAAGGAGAUUUUACCUAUUUCUUCCAGAAAUAUUUACAAGACAUGCAAACAUACUUUGGCGCAGAGCCACAGUCUGUGAACUUUAUGGAAGCUUCUGACCAAAUCAGAAAGGAGAUCAACUCUUGGGUUGAAAGCCAGACUGAAGGAAAAAUCCUGAAUCUCCUACCUGAUGAUGCUGUGAAUUCUGCAACCAGAAUGGUUCUGGUAAAUGCCCUUUACUUUAAAAGAAUGUAGGAACAUCAAUUCUUGGUCCAAAAUACCACAGAAAAGCCUUUCAGAAUAAACAAGACUGCAAGCAAACCAGUGCAGAUGAUGUCCAUGAAAGAAAAACUUCAAGUAUUUUACAUAGAAAAGCCACAAGCCAUAGGCCUUCAACUCUUCUAUGAGAGCCGUGACUUCAGCCUCCUCAUACUACUGCCGGAAGACAAAAGUGGGCUGGAUGGGGUAAAGAGAUCAGCCUAUUCAUCCUUUACCUUCUCUCCUCUCCCAUUUGGUAACAAGUUUGUUUUCCAUAUCUCUGGAAAAAGCCAUCACCUAUGAGAAGUUGAGUGAGUGGACCAGCGCAGACAUGAUGCAGUUGUGUGAGGUGCAGCUGCAUCUCCCCAAGUUCAAGCUGGAAGAGACUUAUGAUCUCAAGUCAAGCCUGGGCAGC